ACAGUGUUCUAUAAAAGGCCCAAUCCACAUGUCUUGGGAUUAGGGUUUUGAUAAUUUUUUUCUAGGGGAGCAAUACCUCAGAACUUCACUGGUGCAGAACCAGCGUCAGCCGCCAUGGUGAAGUACUCUAGAGAGCCUGAAAAUCAAACCAAGUCCUGCAAGGCCAGGGGCUCUGACCUCAGAGUGCAUUUCAAGAAUACUAGAGAGACAGCCCAUGCAUUGAGGAAGUUACCUUUGGCAAAGGCUAAGAGGUAUUUGGAAGAUGUUAUGGCUCACAAACAAGCUAUACCUUUCCGACGUUUCUGUGGUGGUGUGGGGCGUACUGCUCAGGCAAAGAACAGGCACUCAAAUGGGCAAGGAAGGUGGCCUGCCAAAUCUGCCAAGUUCAUUCUUGAUUUGCUCAAGAAUGCUGAGAGUAAUGCUGAGGUCAAAGGCUUGGAUGUCGAUAAUCUUUUCAUUUCUCACAUCCAAGUGAAUCAGGCACAGAAGCAGAGGCGUCGUACUUAUAGGGCUCACGGAAGAAUCAAUCCUUACAUGUCCAGCCCUUGCCACAUUGAGUUGAUUUUAUCUGAGAAGGAAGAACCAGUGAAGAAGGAGCCUGAGACCCAACUGGCUACCAGCAAAUCUAAGAAGUCUCAAGCUACUUGAAGUGCUGCUUCCGCCGGUGUGGCAACCAUAAUUUACCAAAGGAGCACAGCACUAUUUAGUAUUUGUCUUGUUUCAAUCGGAGAGAAUUUGGUUGCACUUCAUUUAGAAUGGGCAGUUAUUUAGAUGAAUUGGAAAACUUGUUUGUUCACUUUUAUCUCUGUUUAGUUGGUUGUUCUAUGAGAUUUUUAUUGGAGAUCCUAUGUGGAAGUCUAUCUUUGAGAGUUUUACUUGAUGGUUGUGAAAAAUACUAUAGUUUUUGGUAUUGGAUUAAUAACUUCCAUUUUCAUCCCA